GAUUACUAUCAAAACAAAACCCAUGGCAUUUAUUUUGAUCACGUGUGUGUUCAUUUCAUAACUUCAUGUUGCCCAUCAGACCCGUCUAAAAUAAUAUUUUAUUCCGCAUACCAACAUUCCCUUUUAGUAUUCAUGGCCAGGCUGGAAAAAAGUUUCCGUCCAAGCAAGCGUGCAAGUAGUAAACAUGGAGGAAAUACAAGUGGAAGUGAGAAACAGACAAAACGGUGCAUUUUUCCCCGCGGAGAUCAAAAACAUACACAGUGAAGAGGCGACUGUGGAAUUUUAUCACAGCCCAAACAAAUGGAUAAGAGUACCACUAUCAGAAAUAAGGAAACCCCUUCCUUUGUCUCAAGAAGCUUUAAAGUUUAAUGAUGGUGAUGAUAUAGAGAUUUAUGCAAAGGAAGACGAUGGCGAACCAAUGGGCUGGUGGGAAGGAAAGGUUGUAUCCAGACGGGGUGGAUUUUUUGUUGUUCGCUUUAAUGGUCUUGAUGAUGCUUUUAAUGAAAUUGUGCCUUUGGAACGUAUUCGACCUCUGGGACAAUGGCAGCCUGUUUCUCGUGGAAUGUAUUUUAAGUGUAUGAUAGAUGUACCGCAGGAUCUACGAACUAUCUGCGGUACUGAUGUCCAUGGCACAUUUUGUCAGCAAACACAAGCUUCGUCUGUCUUUUACCAUGGCGAUUUAAAUGUUCUUGUUAUAUUGUCAGUCAGAGAGGACUCAAUAAAAAAAGCAGCCAUAUUAAGUGAAAUGCAUUUUCGAAGUUUGCGUACCAAAUUGCUAUUGCGAUCACGCAAUGAAGAAGCUGUAAAACAACUCGACAUUGCUAAAAAACAGGCACAGCAAGCUCCAGUUUUUGAACAGUUGACACUUCCAGAAGACUUAGUUGGUUUGGCUAUUGGAGCACAAGGGGCCAAUAUCCAAGCUGCUCGUCGUAUACCAGGAGUGUUGUCUGUAGAAGUGGAUGAAGCAGCGUGCACAUUUAACAUCCUUGGGGAGAACGUGGAAUGUGUCAAAGAAGCCAGAUGUUUACUUGAUUUUGCUGAAGAGCAAGUCUACGUUCCUAGAGCUUACGUUGGUAAAGUUAUUGGUAGAAAUGGACGAAUUGUGCAGGACAUUGUCGAUAAAUCAGGGGUGGUAAGGGUAAAGAUUGACCCUGAGCCAGAAGAAAAUAAAUCUGAAGAAGAGAAAAAGAAAGAUGUACCAUUUCUGUUUAUUGGCACCAGAGAUAAUAUCUGCAAUGCUAAGAUGAUGUUGGAAUACCAUUUGUCUCAUUUAAAGGACGUAGAAGAGUUAAGAAGUCAGAAAGACAAUAUUGAUCUGGAAUUGCGUAUAUACGGUGUGAAUCCCUCCACAGGUCCAUUCUUCCCACCACCUGCUGAAAUGCGUCGUCAGCACGCAUUAAGUAUUACGUCACAAUACGAUGGUAUUGUACGGGACCGAACACAAACAAUUGAGAGCUAUGCAGGUGAUCUAGCCGAACUGCCUGUUUACACCAGCAAUCCUUCAAAUCGAAAUCCUUUGUUUGGUUUGCGUGUAAGAACAAAUAGUGAGACAGAACCUCUUAAGAAAGAUGAUAAGACUGGUCGUACCUCUCCGCUUGGGAAAAGCCAUUCACCAGAUGGUAUUCCACAGACCAUACACGAAGCUGAUUCGGAAUACUCUCAGGAGAUUAAACCAACUGGUAGUCAGACUUCGUCACGUGGUCGUGCUAACAGCAAACGUGGAUCGUUCCAUGGCAACAGAAGCACUCAUGGUAGACAACGAGUUAACAGUGAAUCUGAACGCGAGAAAAGUGAAGCAAAUGAGAAUCUCGACUGGCGUCGUCGUGACGAAGCAGCAGAGGUAAAAGAUGAGUCGUUGGAAUAUCAGCAACGAAGGAGAACUAAAAGCGAAGGAGAGUCGUUACCAGAACCAAAACAGAUUCAGAUUAAGCAACGUUCGGCCACAAACGCUGGGCACCAGAAAGCUCCUCCGAACAGCAAGCAGAAGAACGAUCACCCCAAAAAUAAUCACCAUCAAAAACAAAACCGCGAUAACGCGAAGUCGGAUGAAAGAACGACGUCCACGCAGCAUCAAAACAAAAACAAGAAUCAAAAUAACCGCCCCAACCAACCACGUGAGCAUCGUAAGAUCCUUCGUCAUGCCAAUAACCCAAAUAAACAACAGAACAGACAGAUAAAGGGGAAGGAAGCGACGGAUGCUAAACAAAAUGGAAACACGCAGGAAGCAGAACAAGAACUUACCUCGGAAAUUAAAUCGUCCGUUACUUCUGAUACUGGGCAAGUAAAAUCACCCGCUGAAACUGCUGUUGCUGCUGAUGAAAAACCCGCUAACCCUGAAAAUCCUGGGGCAGCAGCACCCCAACAUCCUGCGGCAGCAGCACCCCAUCAUCCUGCGGAGAAAGCACUUGAAAAGAAGAGCUGUGUAGAUUGCAAAACGAAAUCGGUAGGUGUAUUGAAAGAUAACAAUAAGAACGAGAUUGUAUCCGAAUCUGAGAAAGACUUGACGUCGAAUGGUCCCUUACUGGAACUUAAAAAUGACGUCGCCGUCUCGACGGAAAAAAAAGACGCGUCUGUUGAAAUCAGUCAGCAGUCGUAGAAUGUUUUUCAUCCAUAUAUUUGAUAUUUUUAUUUGCUCUGUUAACAUUUUUCACAUAUUUCGUAUUAACUUAAUUUUCGACGUUAAAAUGUUUCGUAUUUUUUUUUUUACUUAUUUCCGGCGUGAUUAAACAAAGUAGAAAGGGGUGAAAUUUUGACUCUUACAAGAAUUACAAGAAACAGGUGAGAUAUCUUUUCUCCAAAACUUAAGGGAAUAAGUAGAAAAACGUUUGUAAUAUACAACUGAAUUUUACUUUGCCUAUUAUAAAGCGUAUAUACCUAUAAUUUUUUACGUGGAUAAUUGACAUCACUGCAAAGAGUAUAAUAUAAUCCGGGUUUAUAUCAGGAAAUCAACAGAAAGCGGGAGAAUUAACAAAGACUAGGUAUGCUAAGGGGAAAUCGUAUCAUCAAACGUUUUGUGUCAGCUUUUGUGAUUCAAAACGUAUUCUAUAUUAUAUUAAUCCGAGAAUUCUUUGAAUAAUUUUAGUGACUUAGUUGCAAUUUUGAAAACUGGAAAAAAUUCGUGGAAUUUAAAGGCGGUUUUUGUGCAACUGCUGUUAUAUAUUGUUUUGAUAAUGAAAGGUAGAUGUGAUAGGUCGUGUUUUAAUAUAUUGUUGUGGUGUUCGAAGUUCAUUUGAAAGUGAAGGUUAAUGUUUUACAUAUCGCAGUCUCAUUUAAAAUUACAUGGAUCGUUUGGAAGACUGUAAAAAGGCGGCUAUUUUUAUUUUUCUAUAAAUUGUGUAAAGAAAAAAACCGUAAAAAUGUUAAGUGUGUGUGACCAUGUUAAGAUUCUUAAUUAUUAUCGUUAGUUUAUUUUUUUAAGAGUUACGUAAUUGAUUACAACUUAUGGCCCAGUACUUACUGAGUCCUAAGUUUUAAAAGUAAUAUCGCUUAUUAUGAUCAAUUAUGCUUUUUUUGCAACGAAAUUGCUGAAAGGUGGACAGAGCAUUUAUCUCAUUGAGUUUUUACAAUUUUAUUACUUUUCAUCAAUAAUUAUUAUUCAAUACAACGAUUAUAUAGUUGCUAUUUCUUCACGUGUAUCAUAUUGUAUUCAAGAAGUGAAAAAUGAAAAAGAAGAGUAAUAAUCGUG